UCAUACCAACAUGGAGUCAUUCAUCGCCAUUCUCGCUGCCUUCGCCUCCCUCGUUUCCGCCCACAUGGAGAUGACAGACCCUGCCCCUUUGCGCUCGAAGUACAACCCGAACACUGACUCGAACCUCAUCGACUACUCGAUGACGAGCCCGCUCGACUCGACCGGCGCGAACUUCCCGUGCAAGGGCUACCUGUCCGACAGCACCGGGAAGGAGUCUGUCGCGACGUGGGCUGCCGGCUCGUCCCAGAGUGUCACUCUGCAGGGCAGCGCGAUUCACGAGGGCGGCUCAUGCCAGCUCUCCAUCUCCGAGGACGGUGGCUCUACCUUUAAGGUCGUCAAGUCCUUCAUCGGCAACUGCCCGUCCAGCACUGGACCAGUCACUAUGGACUUCACCGUCCCCUCGGACGUCGCGAGCGGCGACGUCGUCUUUGCUUGGUCUUGGAAUAACCGCGUCGGCAAUCGGGAGUUCUACAUGAACUGCGCGAUCGUCACCAUCGACAACGGCGGCUCCGGCCUCAGCGCCUACCCGGACAUGCUCGUCGCGCAGCUCAGCGGCAUCAACACAUGCACCAUCGCCGAGGGCGUCGACGUCGAUUACCCGAACCCGGGGACGCAGGUCCAGCGCGCGGAUGGCGACGCCAACAUCGGCGCGCCUACUGGUGACUGCGGCGCGACUUCGACUUCGCCGUCUACGUCGGCCGCCGGCACGACCUCCGCUCCUGCUUCUACUUCUGUCGCUGCCUCUACUUCCGUCGCUGCUUCGACCUCUAGCGCGGCCUCGGCCAACUCCAGCGUAUCGGUCAGCACCAGCGCUCCCGCAAGCUCCAGUCCUCCGACUACGACCGGCGCGCAGGCCACGACCAGUGCUCAGGCCACAACCAGCGCACCCGCGACGACCUCUGCAGUGUCUACCAGUAGUGCGGCGGCGACGACGAGCGCGGCGUCGGGCACAUGCACGGAGGGCGAAAUCCGCUGCGAUAGCGAGACGACGUGGUCGGAGUGCGGGUCGGGCUACUGGCAGAGCAUGGGAAGUGUCCCGGGAGGUAUGGCAUGCCGCGACGGUCAGAUUGUCGUUGCGCGCAAGCGCGGCUUUCAGAGCCACAAGCGCCACUGGCAAAGCCGUGCAUUCUGAGGGUUGUUUUGACUUUCAUGGCGUAUUCGCCAGCUUACGCCUUUCGAAGCCGCAAUCGAU